AUGGCAGCGCUUCAAGGCUAUCAGCAGCGUGAGGUGCGACAACCGAACAAUCGCGCUGUGAAGCAGUACUUGCUGAACAAAGGCGUACCCGACCCAGUUGCACGAUCAAAUUCGAUGAACGAGCUUUGUUACUGGUCUGAGAAGGAACUCGAUGAAGUCUUCAGCAAUCUUGACGUCCCUCAUGGUGCACCCCUGGAUAAGCUUAUAUCGUUUCAAGUCCGGCAGCAUCAGGGCGGUAAUAUUUCCACCGCGACCUUCGUCAAGCCAACAGUCCAGGACAUACAAGAAUCCGUUGCCAGGAUGGGUGCGCUGUGCGUUGACAGAACUGGCCGAUUCUGUACCAACCCGAAAGAAGGCUUUGUAGCGUUAUCCCAUGUCUGGUCUCAAGGGCUGGGAGCCGACGAUGACAACCGUGGAUUGCACCGAGAUUUGCUGCAACAAGUCUUCGACAGGGUAGAGCCACUAGGGAUCAAGUGGGUAUGGACAGAUAGCCUGGCCAUUCCAGGUGGAAAGCGGGCAUUGAACCUUCUGGAAGAAGAGCUCAAGGGCGCACUCAUCAACGCCAUGGCCAACAUCUAUCGGGAAGCACGAAUGGUUCUGGUUUUUGAUGCUCUAUGCAUCAGACUAAACUCAACUGAUCCAGUCCAGGUAGCGAUUAUGCUCUCUCUUGGAAACUGGUUGACCCGAAUGUGGACAUACCAAGAAAUCAAACUUGCUAAAAUGGCUGUUGUUAUGACGAAGAAAGGGCCCAUCAGUUUCAGUGCUAUCUGCCGGCACCUGAAGGACAAGGCCAUUACAGAAGCCGGUCAAGAGUGGGAAGGUGAUGCCCGCGGGAAGUACCCGAGCAUUGCUAAAACGUUCCUUCGACUGCAACGCAAUGAUCAACUCGGCGUCUCGCUUCCAGAUGUUGCUAUAGGAUGCGGGUACCGUGAAGCUUGGGAUAAGCUAGAUUAUGCCAGGGCGAUCUUUCCGACGCUUGGUAUUGAGUGGAAGCCACACUACAGCACAGAUCAAGCUAUGCGCAAUGUAUACUCAACCCAGCAGCGACAUGCAUCACGUCUGGUUUUGUUCCACGGUCCUCUACGAGCGUCCUAUCCGGGAUGGGCACCAUCAGUCUUCAACGGGCUCAAGGACUGUAAGAUCAACGAACCCGGUAUAUGGAAGCGUCGCGGUCUGCAACGUUCCUGGUUGACCAGCAAAGUCAAAUUCAUCUUCGAAAGAGAGGCCGACAGGUUCUACCUAGCCUUAGAGAGCGACUACGUGGCACAGUGCCAGUCAGUUGCUGUCAUCAGCGAGCAAACUCUGAAGCACGGUAUAGAAAGCGUUCACCUCUUCGAGAAAGCUGUAGAGGAUGGCAACGGAUACCUUCUCACCGACGAAAGGCUUGAUGCCAAAGAUGAUCGUCGCUUCUCUAUCGUUGGCCUUCUAGUCGAGAAG